AUUUUCAACUCACACCCACAAUCAACCAUGACUGUGUCAAUAGAUAAUUCGUACGUGCACGAGGGUGGAAUCAAGCCUUACUUCGAGCAACAGAUCCAGGACACCGAGAUCCUGGUGCAGAACACCACCGAAAAUUUACGUCGGUUGGAGGCCCAACGAAACAAGUUGAACAACAAAGUGCGCCAGUUGAAGGACGAAUUGCGUUUACUUCAAGAGCCCGGCUCAUACGUCGGAGAGGUCAUCAAGGUGAUGGGCUUGAAUAAGGUGUUGGUGAAAAUCCACCCGGAAGGAAAGUACAUUGUGAAUGUCAGUAAGGAUAUUGAUAUCAAGAAGUUGACGCCCAGUUUGCGAGUAUGCUUAAAGGCCGACUCGUACGACUUGCACAAGAUUUUACCCAACAAAGUCGACCCGUUGGUGUCGUUGAUGAUGGUGGAGAAGGUUCCUGACUCGACCUACGACAUGGUGGGAGGCUUGGAUAAACAAAUCAAGGAAAUCAAGGAAGUGAUCGAGUUACCUGUGAAGCACCCCGAAUUGUUUGAGAGCUUGGGGAUUGCUCAGCCCAAGGGGGUCAUUCUCUACGGACCUCCUGGAACCGGUAAGACGUUGUUGGCCCGGUCCGUGGCCCACCACACCGAAUGUAAGUUUAUUCGUGUGUCUGGAAGUGAGUUGGUCCAGAAGUACAUUGGAGAAGGGUCUCGAAUGGUGAGAGAGUUGUUUAUCAUGGCGCGGGAACACGCUCCUUCGAUCAUAUUCAUGGACGAAAUCGACUCCAUUGGAUCUUCCCGAGUUGAAGGUUCAAGUGGGGGGGAUUCAGAGGUACAAAGAACUAUGUUGGAGCUAUUGAACCAGUUGGACGGAUUUGAGAGCUCUAAGGACAUUAAGAUCAUCAUGGCCACCAACCGAUUGGAUAUCUUGGACCCAGCGUUGUUAAGACCCGGUAGAAUCGAUAGGAAAAUCGAAUUCCCAGCCCCAACCGUGGCUGCCAGAGCCGAUAUCUUAAAAAUCCACUCGCGGUCCAUGAACUUGACUAGAGGCAUCAACUUGCGCAAGAUCGCAGAGAAGAUGAACGGGUGCUCGGGAGCUGAUGUCAAAGGAGUCUGUACAGAGGCUGGAAUGUAUGCAUUGAGAGAAAGAAGAAUCCACGUGACCCAGGAGGACUUUGAGUUGGCGGUCGCCAAGGUCAUGAGUAAAAACGACGAGGGUGCUGUGUCACUUGCCAAGUUGUUCAAGUAGAGUAGUAGUGUAGCCAGUAACAAAUACAAACACAAACACAAACACAAACACAAACACCAGAUCAUCCUGCUCGCUCUAGCCCC